AUGACAAUCCAUUCAGCUGUGAUCCAAAAACUCUUAACAACGAAUGCUCACAUCGGCCAUCAAGUUGCUACCCACCAUUUCAAACAAUUUACCUACGGCUUCCGAAACAGACAAGCCAUUAUCGAUUCCGACAAGACCCUAAUCUGUCUCCGCAAUGCUCUCAACUUCCUCUCCUACCUCUCGCGUGACCCUUCUUCCUCGUUCCUCUUCUUCAACACCAACCUACUUUUCCAACCCAUUAUCGACGAGAUGACGACCCGAGUCUCGAGCUUUAGCCCCGAGAGGGCUAGCAGCCUCUGGAGACUGCGUGGAUUUUUGACCAACAGUUUUAGUCCAAAGAAGUUUCGGUCUAGGAACAAGAAACUGGUUUUUGCGCCGACCAAGAUGCCUGAUUGUGUUGUGAUUUUCGAUACCGAGAGGAAAAGUUCGGUCUUUUUGGAAGCGGAAAGGUUGGGGAUUCCGAUAGUUGCCUUGGUUGAUUCCAUUCGUUUAUUUAGUGUGUAA